AUGAUAAAGCGCACGUACAAGGACGCAAUCACUGCGCUGAACUCCCUGCAGUCGAACGCCGCCACCAUAGAGGCCGCCCGCCGCGCCGCGGGCGCCAACAACUCGCGGCUGAUUCCCGAGAUGCUGGAGUGGACAAGACGCAUAGGGUACAAGCCACAGGACCUGGACAGGCUGAACGUGAUCCACGUGACGGGGACUAAGGGCAAGGGCUCGACGUGUGCGUUUGCGACAAGCAUCUUGUUGCAGUACCGGUCGCCGGCGCAGGUCCCUGGUGCCAAGAUCACCAAGAUUGGCCUGUAUACGUCCCCCCAUCUGAAGAGCGUGCGGGAGCGGCUGGUGAUCAACGGCAAGCCGAUCUCGGAGGCGCUGUUCACCAAGUACUUUUUCGACGUGUGGGACCGUCUCAGCACGUCUGCGUCCGACCCUGAGCGGUUCCCGGAGAUGGGUCCUGGUGUCAAGCCUGCGUAUUUCCGGUUUCUGACGCUGCUGUCGUUCCACGCGUUUGCGAGCGAGAAGGUCGACACCGCCGUGUACGAGGUGGGCGUCGGGGGCGAGUACGACUCCACCAACAUCUUUGUGCACCCGACCGCGUGCGGCAUCUCGUCGCUCGGGAUCGACCACACCGCUGUUCUGGGAGACACUUUGGAGAAGAUUGCGUGGAACAAGGCGGGCAUCCUCAAGCAGGGCGCGGCGUGCUUCACCGUGGAGCAGCCGGAGGCCGCGCUGCGGGUGAUCCGCGAGCGCGCGGCCGAGAGAAACGCGGCCAGUCUCGAGGUGGUGCACACAAGGCCCGACGUGGCAGAGAUCCGGCUCGGCAUCAACGGGGACUUCCAGCGCCAGAACGCGUCGCUGGCCGUCCAUCUGUGCAAGGCGCAUCUGGAGCGGCUCGGGUUCGAGCUGGGCGACUUUGAGGUGCUGCCCGAGGAGUUCGUCACGGGGCUCGAGCAGGCGUCGUGGCCCGGCCGGUGCCAGAUCAUUCGCGACAGCAAAAGAGACGACAUCACCUGGUACGUGGACGGCGCGCACACGGCCGAGAGCAUUGCGAGCGGCACGGCGUGGUUUGCGCAGUGCGCGCGCGAUUCGCACCGCAAGGUGCUGCUGUUCAACCAGCAGACGAGAAACGUGGAGAGCCUGCUGCGGAAACUGCACGAGCAGAUGGACGCGGCGGGCAAGCGGUUCGACAACGCCAUCUUCUGCACAAACGUGACGUACGCGGACGGCAGGUACAGCGACGACCUGGUCUCGAUGAACGUGGCGCAGGACAAGGUGGACUCGAUGGAGGUGCAGAAGCAGAUGGCCUCGAUCUGGGACGGGCUGAGCAAGGACUCGCGCAAGCACCUGUUCCACGACAUCGAGACGAGCCUGAACUUCAUCCGGACGCUGGAGGGCCCGCUGGACGUGUUUGUGUGCGGGUCUCUGCAUCUGGUGGGCGGCUUCUUGCUGGUUCUGGAGGGUCGAGGUUGA